AUGAUUAGAGCAUCUCUGGAAAGCGCCAGUGGGGAAAGACCGGCGUUUCUCCAGAAAAUACUGGUUCAUGUUAAGAAGCUCUCGAUUCUACUAUAUAUUGGUGCACUUGUGUAUAUAUGGAACAUGAUAGGAGGAUUUGGACCAUACGCAGAACAUACGAGAGUCAGCGAGCAUGCAUUGAUGCCUGGACUAGUCAAUGUUCAUUUCAAUGAUGACGUACUUCUGUUACAAUAUAUUCAGGGGCUGUCAUCGCACACAGGAAAUGUUAGAGAGUUUGUUUGUCAAAAUUUGGAAGAAGCAUCAGUACCAUGUUACCACCAACAGUGGGCUAGUUUAGUAGCCAUAAAAAAUAUCACAGCUCAUAAUUCUUAUGCGGUAGUACGUGCUCACAGAUCUACGGGGGUGGAAUCGAUGCUUAUCAUUGUGGAUGUAGAGGAUCAUGAUUCUGUGGCUUUAGCCAUGGCUUUUGCCGUGUAUGCAAGACGACAAGUAUAUUGGGCCCGCGAUAUAUUUUUUGUUUUCGUUGAGCAUGGCGCCAUGGGUUUAGACGCAUUUCUAUCCAGUUAUCAUUAUGUUCGUGGUUUUGGACUUCAGGGAGAGGGGCUACAUGUCAAUGGUGGAGCAAUUAUUGGUGGCUUAGUCGUAAAAACUCAUGCACAUCGCCCGUUGAACAAUCCAAUUAUCACUAUAGAACUCAAUCAAAUAAACGGACAACUGCCUAACCUUGACUUGUUCAAUUCUCUCGUUCGUAUUUCAUCAAGGAAAUCCCCUAUCAUGGAACCGAUUAUUUACAACAUUCAUAACAUCUUACAAGAGGUUGAAAAAAACCCUUUGCUUAUUCCGUUGAGAGCCAUGUAUACCCAAGCCUUCAUCGCCAUUGAAGGUACUCAUAGUGUUAUGAGCAAGUUUGGUGUUCAGGGUUUGACUAUAGGAGUCCCAUCGAGAAGAUUAUACUCUUUGAAAGAGUCGACGCUUUUCGUUGAGGCAAGUGUUCGAACUUUGAACAAUAUCUUAGAAAGAUUCCAUCAAAGCUAUUUCAUGUAUAUUUUGACAUCUGAAGUUAAUUUUCUGUCAAUCGCCUACUUCAUGCCUGCUAUGGCUGUUCUCCUACCAUUAGUAUUAUUGGCAUAUAAGGAGUGGACAGAGAUGGUCGUCUUUCGGGUUCCACUGUCUUUUGUUCUCCUUCAUAUUCCUGGACUUGUUGUGACUUUGGCCAUCAGGAUUUAUUUUGCCAAAACUGUGGCAACUGAAACAUCUGUGUUGGCUCUCAUGGGAAUCUUGCUGAUUCCGUUUGGUUUAAUAUCUCCUUUACAUCCGCUAACUUAUAGCUGCAUGCGGUUCCUAUUAUACUUGGAAACAGCGUUACUUUGCGUAUCAAUAUCUCUAAUUAACUUUUCGUUGGCUUUGGCAUGUUCUGUAGUUAUCACUCCACUCAUGAUAGUAUUCACACGCUCAGUAACUGAGAAUCGGAAAGUGUUGGUUCGGACAGCCGUGAAUCUCAUCUCACAUCCUAUCUUGGUGAUAAUGGCCGUGAUGACAGUUAUACGACCAUUGUUAUUAUUACCAGAGAUUGAACUGGAUUAUUCAACUGUGAUAUCAACAUUCCAACAAAUGCUCAGCGAGUAUAUGGUAUUCGGUUCAUGGAGUUUACCCCUUCUAACUUUCGUUGGUACAUUCAUUUGGAACGCAUCACUUUGUCUGGCCUCUUGCAAAUCGGAAGAAUACUUACUAGCAUCGUCAGAGAACACUGCAGAAGCAACAACGGAAACCCAGUAG